AUGACCCUGCCGGAAAAAGGGCCAAACCCGCAGGUCAAUGUUGAGGAUGUCAAGAACGAAUGCGGGGAAAAGAGCUUCAAUUGGCACAAUGUACACAAACCUCUAGCCAUUGACUACCAGCAUGCGUAUCCGAAAGAGUGGCCAACAGAGAUUCAGCGACCCUUUGGAUUGGCUCUUGACUGGGCACGUAAGCAUGCCGAACGCAAGCAUACCAAACUUUCUGUGGAGCAGAAAAGAGACCUCAUCUCUAGCCUUGAUGGCUACUGCAUUCAGAAUGACUUCGAUACUAUUGUAUCUAGACUUCCCCGAGAAUCGCAAAAUGAUUGUCUAACACACUUAGUUCAUCUUUUGCUUGUCAAAGAAUGCAUUUCCAGGUUCUUCACGAAUCCCUUCUGGUACCUUGUUCCGAACCCUAGGCCUGUGAAUGAUGGGGAUGAUAAAGGGAAUUUGGCAGCAAACGCAUCCGAAUUUGGAGCACAGAUAUUGGAGCUUUUUGAGAGAAUGCGUGAAUAUCACAAGCUCGGAUAUGACAUGAUCGCUCAUCGAGACUCCGUGGCUGACAAAAUAUGCGAGGAAGUCUUGGGCCAAGAGCUAGUGAAAUUGCUCCUCAGAAGUACGGUCAAAUGUGAUCUGGAUAGAGCCUUCCUUGACAUGCAGAAGGUCUUCAGGUCAGCCGCUGAACUUUCGGUGAAAAUUUCAUGCAACCUUGAGCGUCUGGAGUUUAAGACUCUCAAUAAUUUGGGCCAUGCCUUUCAUCAUCCUUCGGCGGAGAUAGAAUUGGCCGAGGAUUAUGGAGGGGCUGAGAAGGAACAUUGUUUUGAUGACCGCCAAAUUCUCUUCUUGGAGUUUCCCGCCAUGUAUUGUUGCGGAGAUCUUAAGGAUCCCUUUUAUAAGGGUAUCCUUCAUAAAGCGGUUGUCUAUGUUGAGGAUGUAGAUUAG